AUGCAAGAGCCGCAGGGACACACAGGCCUCUCUCCUGGAGCGAUAGCGGGGAUUGUUAUUGGAGUUAUAUCAGUCGUUACGCUUGCAGCAAUCGGAGUCUUUGUCUGUUACAAACGUCAAUAUCAGACCAAGCACAAGAGAGCGCUGGAGACGACUAUAGCAAUGGGCAGUGUUCCCCCGGGCACUUGCAGGACGGGCGCUCAGUUCAGCGAAUCGAACAGAAACAAAAACGAGGUCUCGGCAUCGGUCUUCCCCCCUCACAACCACGAGACAACCCGUGUUUGGGAUGACUGGAUCGCGCAAACUUCACCUCGACCGCCGCCUGGCGAGAUCAUCGACCAGUCAGUCUUCAUCCACAACACACCAACACCUCAACACACGACCCCUCCGUGGAUGACGAGCCGAGGGCCCGCCGCCCUCGACCGUAACUCUACACAAUCCAAUGCCCAAGUGAGCCGCAUCACAGACAUCGCCUCGUCCGCCUCCCCUAUGGAACUCGAGCUCGCCCAAGACGCACAGCGGGGCCGCGUCCAAGACAUCAUGGGCCCCACCUCCGGGCCCCUCGCAGGCCCCGCUGGCUCUGUAUCCCCUCCCGCGUCUCCGCCCGCGCGCUCCAGGAACCUCCUUCAACGACAGCGAGUCUCUGAUACAACACCAAUCUCUAUCUCGCAACCUCCCUCACCAACCCCUGAUUUCACUCGCCGCUCGACUCUAGAUGAGUUGUUCAUCUCUCCCACGAGCCCGACAGGCGGGCAUGGUGCAGGGGAUGACGAUCUUUACAGUGCGGACUGA